UUUGCUGUAGGCAUAAAUCAACUACACUUCUAUCAGUACUCCGGUGAGAAAGAAAGUAGUUUAAGAAGAUCUAAAUACAAAUAUAAUUUAAUCGAUCAUGGCUGACGUGAGAGGAGGAAGUAAGGGCUGUAACGAGGGCUGUGGUUGUGCUGUACCAUGCCCUGGCGGCCAAAGCUGCAGGUGUGAGACCAGCAGCGGAGGAGGAGACAGGGAACACAUGAAGUGCUCAUGUGGAGAACACUGUGGGUGCAACCCAUGCGGCUGUUCCGAGGGUAGCCGAGGAAGUACUGGCGUUGGAAAGGCUCACUGCAAGUGUGGUCCUGGAUGUGGGUGUGUUAAGUGUGCCUCUUAGAUUGGACAUCGCUCUAGUUCUGAGCCAAAUAAAAUGGUGCAAAUGCGUGAGAAGUAUGCAGUAGGAGCAGCAGUAGAUGAAGUAGUACUUUGGUAUGUUAUGCAUGUCGAUUUAUAUUAGAGUCGACAAACCUAGCUAUAUAUGUGUGUAGCUUGACUGAAAUAAAUAAAUAAAUAAAGGAUUUUCCAGACAUGUGCAUCGGUGUUUG